AUGGAAGGAUACGAACACGUCCUAAGCUUUCGUAGACAAAUGUAUAUUAACGAUAACGACAUUCCAAAGCUCCCAGGAUCACUAGUUAUUAACCACGACGAAACCAACUUUAGAAUAUUUUUUACGGAUGAUAGAAUAACCUGCUAUACAUGCAAAACGUCAGGUCACACCACACUUUCAUGCAAGAAAUACAUCAAAAACCCCGAUAACAACAUGAUAAAAAACCAGAGCGCAAGCUCUACAAAUUGGGAUAUUGACUCAAGCUUACAAACCGAAAUGUUAGAGGACACCCUCCCUCCUAUAAGUCCUAAUUUGGACGAAAUCCCUACCGAUAUAAACAUGGAUGCGUCCAGAACACCAGUAGAAGCAAUUAACAUAUUAAAACGUCCGGCUUCAAUGACAACAACUCCCUCAAAUCCAACAAGCCCUCGUUAUGAUUCAAGCCAAGAAAUCAAUACAAUAAUAAAACCCCCCAAAAAAGUUCUUUUAGUAGAAAAUAAAAUUGAUCCAAAUCAUCCGAGCCCAUCAGAAAACCGGUCACGUUCCAACUCAAGAAAUCGUUUUUCCGAAAACCUAGAUAGUCACUUAGAUUCGAUUAAACAUCUUUUCGAUGACAAAACGAAAUUAAAAAUAUCUUUUGAUCAAUUCACGCACAUUAUAGAAGAUAUUCACAAACAAGACAACCCAUUAAACAUAAUACAUGAAUAUGGCCUUGAGGGUAGUGAAAUAAUCACGAUAUUCGAAAUCACCCGUCCAUAUCUCACCACAAAAAUAGCAAGAAACAAUUUUUCCCGCAUCACCAAAAAAAUAUUCAAAGCCUUAGACGCAGCAACAACUACGGAACCGAAUAAAUCGGAAUCCAAUGAAAAUUGA